AUGAUUCACCGUAGCCUUGGAUUGGAGUUUGAAAGCCAUGACAAUCUUAGAAGAAUGAUGAAAAUAUUAUUGCUCAGUUUCAAUGACUUGCCUUACUACCUGAAAUCAUGCUUCUUGUAUUUGAGUAUUUUCCCCGAGGACUAUCGGAUUAAGCGUAUGAAACUAAUUCGCCUAUGGAUAGCCGAGGGCUUUGUAGAAAGAAAAGUAGGCAGGACAAAGGAAGAGGUUGCUGAAGGUUACCUCAAUGAGCUCAUCGCUAGAAAUCUGGUUCACGUGCAUGAAUGGAAAUUAUAUGGGAAGGUGGUCACUUGUCGCAUCCAUGAUCUUGUGCAAGAGAUGUUUAUUCCAAAAUUCAGGGAGGAGCAUUUCUUUGCAUCUUCUGUUGAAGAGAACACAAUGCCUUGUAACAGAAUCCGGCGUCUGUCCAUUUAUAAAGAUGAGAAUUUUCCAAAAUUUGAUGCCUUCUCCUGCCUUCGCUCGUUGUUCAUUUUUGGUGUGGAAGGACUAUCUAAUGCCCCUGCAAUCUCUUCAUUUUCCAGCUUAAGGUUGUUGAGGGUGGUGGAUCUUGAAAACACGUCCAUGGGAAUCUUUCCUGAUGAUCUAACAAGCUUGUUGCAUUUGAGAUACUUAAGCUUGGAGAAUACAAAGAUCAAGAAGCUUCCUAGUUCGUUGGGGAAGCUAAAGAACUUGGAAACAUUGAAUCUUAAGGGCACAUUCGUAUGUGAAUUGCCGGCUGAGAUUCUCAAGCUCAAGUGCCUAUGCCAUCUUCUGGUUUACCGCUAUAGGACUGGAGACGGAUAUUAUAUACCAUGUGAUUGUGUAGAUGGAAUUAAGGUGCCUGCUGGAAUCGGGAGCAUGAGAUCCCUACAGAAGUUGGCACAUAUAGAGGCAGAGAGCGGCAUCAUUAGAGAGCUGGGGAAUCUUACCCAACUGAGGAGGUUAGGCAUUAUCAAGCUAAGAGUGGAAGAUGGGAAUGAUUUAUGCACUUCCAUUGAGAAGAUGAUUCACCUUCACUCCUUUUCUGUGAUAUCAAUGGCCGAGGAGGAGGUUCUCGACCUGCAUUCUUUAUCACAUUCUCCGCUACCUCUUCGAUGUCUAAAUUUGAUAGGGCGUUUGGAGAAGUUACCUGAAUGGAUUGCCUCACUUCAUAAUCUGGUCACCGUUUGUCUGAGAUGCUCAAGAUUGAGGGAUGAUCCACUCAAAGCCCUUCAAUCACUGCCCAAUUUGGUGGAACUCGAACUAGAUCGAGCUUAUGAUGGAGAAGAGUUAUGUUGCGAGGGUAGAGGAUAUCCAAGACUCAAGAAAUUAUGGCUCUUUGAGUUGAGCGGGUUGAAGAAUAUGAGGGUGGAGAAGGGAGCAAUGUCUAGCCUUGAAGAGCUAGAUAUUAGACGUUGCGAAGAAUUAGUGGAGGCGCCGUUGUGGCUCGAACACGUCACUAACCUCAAAAUACUUGACCUGUAUGAUAUGUCGGAGGCUUUCUUGAAUGGGCUCAGAAAGGACGGAGUUGAAGAGUUAGUGGAUUGCAUUCACCACAUCCCAUUCAUACAAUAUACAGACACUCAGACAAAUACUCAUUGGGAGUUGUCAUGA